CUGAAAGCGCCUUGGAUCCCGCAUACUGCGGUGUGUUACUCAUUGAAUACGGUGGAACAUACAUUGGAUACAUAGCGGACGAGUCUGUGGCCAUUACUUCCGAGUAAUAACCUGCAACGGAAACGUUGGAUAGUGAUAGCAAACAACACAUUCAAAACUCAUUCGGAUAAGCGCUAUGGUAACCGACCGGUAACAAAGUUAUUGCCUUACCUGGAGGCGGGAUAA